GCAGCGUCCGACUGCUCCUGGGGGAACAGCGUCACCAUCGAGAUGCGACGUUUACAUGGAUAAAUCACCAGCGUUCAACUCCGUCCCGUCUCACAUGCUGAGCUCCCAAACGAUCCUGGAUUAUGCCUGAGACCGACCGCUAGCCGCGGCUGUCUUUGUGGGGUUCUACAGAAGAACUCCGUAGCUGUUUACUAAGACAUCCAGCUCCACACAAUUUCGCGAUGGAAAUGGUCUUUCCGGCGGGCAAAAUGUCCCCCAUUUCGGUGACUUUGGCGCUGCUCGCCGUCGUCUCCUACACUUCUCCGGUCAGUGGGAACGAGGACUGUCUGUGGUAUGUGGAUAAAAAUGGCACCUGGCACAAUGGCUUCGACUGUCCUCUCAUCUCAUCCUGCUGUGGCAACUGCCACCGGCGUUACUGCUGCAUGGAUCCCUUCAAGAUGAUCACGGAGCGGGAACAGAAACGCUGCAUGCUAUUCCAGUUCAGUCCCAGCACUUUAAUCGGCAUCGCGUCGUCCAUUCUGCUGUUCGUGGCCAUCAUUGCCACCAUGGUUUGCUGCUUCAUGUGCUCCUGCUGUUACCUCUACCAAAGGAGGCAGCAGAGAGGCAGGACACCAUAUGAUGCCCAACACAUCCCCAUGGCCAGCUACCCUGUGGAGCCGAUGCACGACGCGUUUGGAAAACCUCUUGGGCCUUCAGAGUAUCCACAUGCAGGCUAUCCUAUGGCGCCUCAGUAUCAUGGCAUGCCUGUUCAUUACCCAAUGAUGCAUCCAGGACCUUACCCAUCACAAUCAAUAGAUCCGGCAUACAGCCAAGCCCCGCCACCUUACUCUCCACCUCAGUAUCCUGGACACUGAUGAGCUCAUCUUCACACAAAAACACAGCUGAGAGAAAUGACUGUUUGGAAAGGAGAAGGCAGUCUAACACACCCGUUAAAAUAAACCCACAGCUCAACAGGGAGUGGUUUCAAUGCGGAGGAGGAAAGGAGGCACUUUAAUCUUUACUUUGUUUACUGUUUGUUUGCAGCGUCGUCCUACGUUUCCAAAGUAGUAAUGUAAGUCGUAUUCAGUUCCGCAACCUGAAUUCAGAUUUCCUUUUGCCGAUUAUUUUUUUUCCAUGUCAUAAAAUUAACGGAGAAUCUGUCGAGACAUUUUGAGUUUUGCUCCAGGUGUCACUAGAAGACAGUUCUCCCUGGCUUACAGAAAACCAAAGUUGAAGAACAUGACCUGUGAUGCACUCUUUUAAGUGUCGAAGGGAAAAAAUGUGUAACUUUUCUCAUGUUUGUUAAAUUUAAAGAAACUGCUGUGAUUCUGUCUAACAAGUAUUUUAUCCAGAUCCUGAAGUUUAGCAUCUUUCCAUUUGUGUUUAUGUCUCACUGCAUCUGGGGCUGAGGUAAAAAAAAAAAAAGGCAAAUGAGAUGCAUGUUUUGAUGAUAAAUUUUAUUUGAAAAAAAAAACAAACUUUCUUUCACCUGUUAGUUCAAACUCAGCCUGAUCUGUUUUGAUAUACGAGUCGUGCAAAUACUUCUGGACAUGUUGUAAGUGAUGCCAUCUUAGCAUCAUUGUGCUUCCUCAGUUAGGAUUAGCUCUCCUCCUCAGCUGUUUUUUAUGGUUUAAAAUAAACUUUAAUAUUAGACACACUGCCAGGCAGGAAAACUGCAAAUGUUGCAUUUUUAUUUUCUGUAAUUUAUGUAGUUACGGGCAUUCUACUGUUCCAAUUUUAACAGUCUACACUUAACAUUAAUAACACAUGAAGAAGAAAAAAGAGAGAAUAUUAAUUGCAUAUUUUGUAAAACUGUCCCUUGGUUUAAUAUUGUAACAAGUUGUUUUAAAACAGUGUAGUGUUAUUGUGACAGAGGACUUUUUUGUUGAGUGUUUGUCAUUACUGAGGUUACCUCUUACUGUGAAUGACUCCGUUCCAUCUGGACUCGGCUACAGAGCCAAAAUAAAGUUCUUCCAAGUAGAGAUGCAUUGAUCAGGCUUUUUCUGCGCGGAACUGAGCUCUACUUUUCUUUGAGGUCUAAGCUGCUGAUUUCAAAUUUUAUUGUGUUUCUCUUGUAUUGUAAGGACAACAACACAUAAUUUAAAAAUAGAUGUACUGCAGGUUUCUUGAUAGAAUUAGAACUUUAGAAUUCAUUAUAGAAUUAAGGAGGUGAGAUUAUGUCCAUCCAUGCAUCAAGCACGGAUGGACUUUAGUGUUUUUUGUUUGUUUUUUUUAGCUCAAAGUAAGUGCAUCAAAAUGUAUGCAUUUGGAGACCACCACCUCCAAUCAGAGUCCAUUAAAGGAAAUCAGAUUCACUGAUUGGUGCAUUUAUACUUGAAAGGGUUAUCUUGGUAUUUUUGAAAAUCCUAUUUAUCUGCUUGUAACAUUUAAUUCUUUCCUAGUUCAAAUUAGAAGAUUUAUUUAAAAACUCUUAGUAAUAGCAAUACCCAGAAAUUACCUGAGUGAAAGUAAAAUUUAAGAAGUUUAGGAAAUUAUCUAAAAAAUAUAUGCAAUGCAAAAGUUGUAUUAAUGGGUUUUAAACACAAAAACUGGCUUUUUUGCUUUGUACUCCGUUAUUUUAUUGUGUAGUGAUGAAUUCUACAAAACUGAAAAUAGGAUAAAGGAUAACUGCUGCUAAGUAUUCUGGGAUAUACAGUAACACAUGACAAUUUAAAUUUAAUUUCUAUCACACAGCAGAGACAUAAUUGAGACACAGAUACAGUUACUGCAGCUGUUAGGCAGAAUUAUGACAAGCUGAGAGGUAAACAGGCCAAUGACAUUGACUCACCUCUUGCAACUACAUGUUAAUUAAAGCAGCAGCAAAGGAUAUGCAAUACUUUGAGUUAAUAACUACGUUUUCCCACCUAAAAUUAUAGGACUUCUCACAGCCUGGAUUUAACAAAAGAUUUUCUAAAAUGCCAAGCUGUUCAUUAGUUAUGUUCAGAUUUUUUACGUUAAGCUUCCCGUUGCCCCUGCAGAUGACUCCCUGGCUGUAUUUAGUUAGAUUUGUAGUAAAUGCAUUUAGAAAACACGGCUGAUCAAAUUAGAUGACCGUCUGAGAUUUAUUCUGUAUCUUAUCUCAGUGUUGAUCUUCUCUGUGAACUAGAGAAAACCCAGCACUACUCUUUUUAGUGUAAAUUACCAACUUCUGUGUCCAACUGUACAGAUUUGUUGAAACUUGAGAACACUGGGAUUUUCUCUAUUCCUUUCAUAAGUGGUUUAAUAAAAGUUUUGCUCAAUAAUGUUAAUGUUUGUUUUUGCUUCUAAACCAACUCCAUGAGUGUGUUUUAAUGAAACUGAUUUGUAGAUGGAGAAAUGACAUGUCUAUGGCAUUUGUCUGUUGCCGUAUGGACAGUAUGACACUGUAACAUAAAUGAAAUGAAAAUAAAUUAUUUCUAUUAAUAAAAACUUUAACUUUGGAUUGUAAAACAUGA